GGCUUCCAGGGCAGUGGCUGAGGAGACCUUACCAAGGAGCACCACGCAGUAGAUGCGGAGACAUCGCCCUCCAGGAUAAGAAACAGUAACAUGGCAGCACCCGUCUGAAAGGAAUUAAAAACCAACAGACUCCAUUUAGAAAGGAACAAUGUCCAAGAAAGGGCGAAAUAAGGGCGAGAAGCCCGAGGCACUCAUUGUCGCCCUUCAAGCUGCCAAUGAAGACCUCAGGACCAAGCUCACAGACAUUCAGAUAGAGCUGCACCAAGAGAAGUCCAAGGUAUCGAAGCUUGAGAGAGAGAAGACUCAAGAAGUGAAGAGGAUCCGGGAGCUGGAGCAGCGCAAGCACACGGUCCUGGUGACAGAACUCAAAUCCAAGCUCCAUGAGGAGAAGAUGAAGGAGCUGCAGGCCGUGAGGGAGAAUCUCAUCAAACAGCACGAGCAGGAGAUGUCAAGGACGGUGAAGGUGCGAGACGGAGAGAUCCAGAGGCUCAAGUCGGCCCUCUGUGCUCUCCGGGAUGGCAGCAGUGACAAAGUAAGGACAGCGCUCACCAUCGAGGCCCGGGAGGAGGCCAGGAAACUGUUUGACGCGGAGCGCCUUAAGCUCUUACAGGAAAUUACGGACCUGAAAACGGCCAAGAAGCAGGUGGACGAGGCUCUGAGCAAUAUGAUCCAAGCGGACAAGAUCAAGGCCGGGGACCUCAGGAGUGAGCAUCAGUCCCACCAAGAAGCCAUCUCGAAGAUCAAGUGGGAGUCGGAGCGGGAUAUCCGGAGGCUGAUGGAUGAAAUCAAAGCCAAGGACAGGAUCAUCUUUUCCCUGGAAAAGGAACUGGAGACCCAAACAGGCUAUGUACAGAAACUCCAACUGCAGAAGGAGGCUUUGGACGAACAACUCUUUCUGGUCAAGGAGGCCGAGUGUAACAUGAGCAGCCCAAAACGAGAAAUUCCAGGAAGGGCUGGAGAUGGCUCUGAACACUGCAGCAGUCCUGAUUUGCGAAGAAAUCAAAAGAGAAUAGCUGAACUGAAUGCCACUAUAAGAAAACUGGAAGACAGGAAUACCUUGCUUGGAGAUGAACGAAAUGAAUUGGCUCAAGAACAGCUCCAAGCAGAGGUGCUAAGGUAUAAAGCCAAAAUUGAAGACCUGGAAGCGACUCUGGCUCAGAAAGGGCAGGAUUCACACUGGGUAGAAGAUAAACAACUUUUCAUUAAGAGAAACCAGGAGCUUUUAGAAAAGAGUUUAGCAGCUGAAGAAUCUGAGCUAAGAUUUCGGCAAUUAACAAAAGAAUACCAGGCCCUCCAAAGAGCAUAUGCCCUCCUGCAGGAGCAGACGGGAGGCAUCAUUGAUGCUGAACGAGAAGCCAAGGAAAGAGAGAGACGAUCCCCUCCAUUUAAUCUCCAAAUUCACCCAUUCUCAGAUGGUGUGAGUGCUCUACAGAUCUACUGUAUGAAAGAAGGUGUCAAGGAUGUGAACAUCCCUGAUCUCAUAAAGCAGCUUGAUAUCUUGGGUGAUAAUGGGAAUUUAAGAAAUGAAGAACAAGUGGCCAUAAUUCAGGCCAGCACCGUGUUGUCCCUGGCAGAGAAGUGGAUCCAGCAAAUCGAAGGAGCAGAGGCUGCCUUGCACCAAAAAAUGAUGGAAUUGGAAAGUGACAUGGAACAAUUCUGCAAAAUAAAAGGCUACCUGGAAGAAGAACUAGACUACAGAAAACAAGCUCUUGACCAAGCCUAUAUGAGAAUCCAGGAACUAGAAGCUACUUUGUACAAUGCUCUGCAGCAAGAAACUGUUAUCAAGUUUGGCGAAUUAUUAAGUGAAAAACAGCAAGAGGAGCUGAGGACGGCAGUAGAAAAGUUACGGCGACAAAUGCUGAGGAAGAGCAGAGAGUAUGACUGUCAGAUUCUUCAGGAGAGAAUGGAGCUCUUACAGCAAGCCCAUCAGAGAAUCCGUGACUUAGAAGAUAAAACAGACAUCCAGAAAAGACAGAUAAAGGAUUUAGAAGAAAAGUUUCUGUUUCUAUUCUUGUUCUUCUCUCUUGCCUUUAUUCUAUGGCCUUGA